CCUCCGCGCGCUGUCUCUGUGCUCCCCCGCGUCUCGUCUAUUUAUUGUCGAGGGGAAGCAGCGGCCGCCCUGUACCCGGAACAACAAAGCACGAAAGACUGAGCCCGAGCCUCGGGGGCUCCUAGCAACGGGCCGGGGCGGGAGUUCCAUGGAGACUGGGGAGCGCGCCCGCCUCAUCAUUAUCCUUGUCCUCCAGCUUAUCCUUCGCGCCCGCCGCAACCGGCAGCAGCGCUGCCGCCGCGUCCUCUGCCGCCGCCCGCUCUUCCCACGGAUGUGAUCUUCGUGGUGGGAAGCUAAGUUUUUAAACUACCCCAAUGGAUGCAGACAGUGAUGUUGCACUGGACAUUCUAAUUACAAAUGUAGUCUGUGUUUUUAGAACAAGAUGCCAUUUGAACUUAAGAAAGAUUGCUUUGGAGGGAGCAAAUGUAAUUUAUAAGCGUGACGUUGGAAAAGUAUUAAUGAAGCUUAGAAAGCCUAGAAUUACAGCUACGAUUUGGUCCUCAGGAAAAAUUAUUUGCACUGGAGCAACAAGUGAAGAAGAAGCUAAAUUUGGUGCCAGACGUUUAGCCCGGAGUCUCCAGAAACUAGGAUUUCAGGUAAUAUUUACAGAUUUUAAGGUUGUUAACGUUUUGGCAGUAUGUAACAUGCCAUUUGAAAUACGUUUGCCAGAAUUCACAAAGAACAAUAGACCUCAUGCCAGUUACGAGCCUGAACUUCAUCCUGCUGUGUGUUAUCGGAUAAAAUCUCUAAGAGCUACAUUACAGAUUUUUUCAACAGGAAGUAUCACAGUAACAGGGCCCAACGUAAAGGCCGUCGCUACUGCUGUGGAACAGGUAUACCCAUUUGUGUUUGAAAGCAGGAAAGAAAUUUUGUAAGUCAUCACGUAAUUGGUUAGAAUCCCAAACUGAGCACCUUUUAAAACCUGCUGCACAUUGGACUCAGAACAAAAGGAAAACUGGACCAACAGUAAUUGAGGAAAUAGACUCUUUUAUUCAUUCACGGCUACAGUGUAAGCUCCAGUCCCUUUGGAUUUUAUUUCAAACCUUGCUGUAAUAUAAAAAGGAAGUUUACAAGACAUGACAUUGCUGCUUUUACAAAAGGACAUUCUAUUUAUUUUCGCAGUAAUUUCAUGUCCCCACGAGCAGAGCUGUCACAGUGUGCACUACCUUAAAGUGUUUUGUUGUUGUCAUUAUUUUUUUCCAGUUUGAGCUGAUGUGUUUUAUUUGUGAAUAGUCUUUUACAUUUUUGUAUGCUGAAUAUGGGCACCAAAGAACCUGUAAAAGUUAUCUUUUUCAAUUGAAUGUGCACAAAUAAAAGUUUGGAAAAGA